AUGCCAUCCAGACCGAGGAAGACCCAAAAACUUCGGGGCCAUGUGAGCUACGGCCAUGGCCACGGCCACAUUGGCAAGCGCAGGAAGCACCCGGGGGGCCGUGGUAAUGCUGGUGGCCUGCAUCAUCACAGGAUCAACUCCGACAAAUAUCACCCAGGUUACUUUGGGAAAGUUGGUAUGAGGCAUUACCCCUUAAAGAGGAACCAGAGCUUCUUCCCAGCUGUCAAUCUUGAUAAACUGUGGACCCUGGUCAGUGAGCAGACACAGGUAAAUGCUGCCAAAAGCAAGACUGGAGCUGCUCCUAUCACUGAUGUGGUGCGAUCAGGCUACUACAAGGUUCUGGGGAAGGGAAAGCUCCCAAAGCAGCCUGUCAUUGUGAAGGCCACGUUCUUCAGCAGAGGAGCCCAGGAGAAGAUUAAGGGUGUUGGUGGGACCUGUCUCCUGGCAGCUUAA